GCCACAGCGCAUGUGCAACAGACUCCUAAUGCCUCAUAUAGCUGUUUCGAUGAAAUAAAAGAUCCGUUCGGACGACUGCAGGGGAAACGCUGUUGGAUCAGAAGGGGAAAAAAGUACAAGGUCAGGCCCUGAAAUGGGAUUGGGGUCCCCCCUGGGGAGCAAAGAGCAGCGAGAGGAACACGGAACCCCCUGAAGGCACGGGACGCCCAGACACAAAGAGAGCCCCCUCGCCAGCAUGUCGGCCGUCACCUCGGCAACCCAAGCCCCGCCUCCCGGCAUCAACCCCCCGCCCCCCGAGUUCAGCAACCCCACCAAGCCAGGCAGGAAGACCAAUCAGCUGCAGUACAUGCAGAAUGUUGUGGUGAAGACGCUGUGGAAACACCAGUUUGCCUGGCCCUUUUAUCAGCCAGUGGAUGCUGUCAAACUCAGCCUACCGGAUUAUCAUAAAAUCAUCAAAAAUCCGAUGGACAUGGGAACCAUUAAGAAGCGACUGGAAAAUAACUACUACUGGAGUGCCAGCGAGUGCAUGCAGGACUUCAACACCAUGUUCACCAACUGCUACAUCUACAACAAGCCCACAGACGACAUUGUGCUGAUGGCACAAGCGCUGGAAAAGAUUUUUCUGCAGAAAGUGGCCCAGAUGCCACAGGAGGAGGUGGAACUCCUGCCCCCUGCCCCCAAAAGCAAGGGCCGUAAACCAGGGGGGCCCCCCGGCACAGGGAGCCAACAGGUGGCAGCAGUGUCCUCCGGCUCCUCCCCCCCACAGGUGUCUCAGACGCCCGUCAUCGCAGCCACUCCCGUGCCAACAAUCACGGCCAACGCCGCAGCAGUCCAAGCUCCACCUGCUGCUGCUCCCAUGAUGCCCGUAGGACCCCCUGCACAGCCUGUUGUUAAAAAGAAGGGUGUGAAGCGGAAAGCGGACACCACCACGCCCACCACGUCCGCCAUCACAGCCAGCCGCAGUGAGUCGCCGCCCGCCCUCCUGGAGCCCAAGCAGGGGAAGGUGGUGUCCCGGAGAGAGAGCACGGGGCGCCCCAUCAAGCCCCCCAAAAAGGACUUGGAGGAUGGUGAGGUGCCACAGCAUGCGGGGAAGAAAGGCAAGCUGACAGAGCACCUGCGCUACUGCGACAGCAUCCUCAAGGAGAUGCUCUCCAAGAAGCACGCGGCAUACGCCUGGCCCUUCUACAAACCGGUGGAUGCGGAAGCCCUGGAGCUGCAUGACUAUCACGACAUCAUCAAACACCCCAUGGACCUCAGCACAGUCAAAAAAAAGAUGGACGAGCGCGAGUACCAGGACGCGCAGAGCUUUGCGGCCGACGUGCGGUUAAUGUUCUCCAAUUGUUACAAGUACAACCCGCCUGACCAUGAGGUUGUUGCCAUGGCCAGGAAGCUGCAGGAUGUGUUUGAGAUGCGGUUCGCCAAAAUGCCGGACGAGCCGGCAGAGCCGACCCCGCCCUCGGCCCCACCCUCGGCGGGCAUGGUGAGCAAGAGCAGGGAGAGCAGCGGGAGUAGCGGGGAGAGCUCCAGCUCAGACAGCUCAGACUCGGAGGAGGAGCGGGCCACCCGGCUCGCAGAGCUGCAGGAACAGGUGGGUUCGGAACAGCUGAAAGCAGUUCACGAGCAGCUGGCUGCUCUGUCACAGGCCCCAGUGAGUAAACCCAAGAAAAAGAAAGAAAAAAAAGAGAAGGACAAGGAAAAGAAGAAGAAAGACAAAGAGAAAGACAAAGUGGCCAAGCUGAAGCCAGAGGAGGAGAAGAAGCAGCGCGUCCCUCUGCCUGCGAAACAGAAGAAGGGCCCGGCCCGGAAAGCCAACAGCACCGUUACCGGCACCAGGCAGCCGAAGAAGGGGGCCAAGACUGCAGCGUAUGAGUCGGAUGGGGAGGACUCUCUGCCGAUGACGUACGAUGAGAAGCGGCAGCUCAGCCUGGACAUCAACCGGCUGCCGGGCGAGAAGCUGGGCCGCGUCGUCCACAUCAUCCAGUCACGUGAGCCCUCGCUGCGGGACUCCAACCCUGACGAGAUUGAGAUCGACUUCGAGACGCUCAAGCCCUCCACGCUGCGCGAGCUGGAGCGAUAUGUCAAGUCCUGUUUACAGAAGAAGCAGAGGAAACCUUUACAGGGCACAGGGAAAAAGAGCGCCAAGUCUAAGGAAGAGCUCGCUCAGGAAAAGAAGAAAGAGUUAGAAAAGAGACUACAGGACGUGAGCGGACACCUGAACAACAACAAGAACCCGCCCAAAAAAGCAGAGAAGGGGGGGUCAGCACAGGCGGGGGGGCCAUCCCGCCUCAGCGGCAGCAGCUCUUCCUCCGACACGGGCAGCAGCAGCUCCAGCGGCUCCAGUUCGGACAGCAGUGACUCGGACUGAUCCAAGAACAGCCGGAGAAUGACUAAGACUGAUCCCAGAACAGCUCGGCAGUGACUCGGACUGAUGCCAGAACAGCCCAUCCUCACUCAGACUUUUCCCACAACAGCCCAGCUGCAACGUGGACUGAUCCCAGAACCGCCCAGUGUGUUUAGAACUACUCCUUUUUCUUUUGUUUUUUAUUGUUUUGUAUUUACAUUGUAUGCAGUCAUGGUUGUUUCACUCUCUAAGACUUACAUUUUAUAAGAAAUUACAGUAAAACAUACCACCAUGGCUGAGAAUAUUUAAAAGGUUUUUAUAUAUAUAUAAUUAUAAAAAAAAUAAUAGUUGGAGAAUAUAAGAACACCACAUCAGAAGUUCUCAAUAUGGCAAUUUUAAAAAUUUUAAGUUUAAUCAGGAAAGAGAAAGGAAUAAUGUUUAAGGUCCUGAAAGAUUAAUUCGUUUUAAAAUGUGUACUUGGAACUCUGUGACUUUUUAAAAGAAAUCCAGAAAAUCUUGAAUUGUUGUUUAGCAGGGGGCUAUGACCUCAACAUCAGGCCCUGCCACAAGGACAGAAAGUUCACCAAUGAGUCACCAGUCAUUUAUUCUGUGGCUCAUCAAUGUUGGCUUCUGGAAUGACCUCUCAACCCUAUCCACAUUCCAUAAAAAGCUGCUCUUGUGCAUAUUUACAUACAAGUAUAAUCUCCCUUUUUAAAUUAUUUCUUUAAAAUAUGGUUUAAUAUGCAUGGGAUGACAGAAAUGCCUUUAGCUUUUAAAUAACACUUUCACAGAGAUUAUGGAAAUUGGCAAAUCACCUUUUCCCUUGUACAUGUGGGUCUUUCCCUAGUCUGCUUUGGGGGCAAUCUUGUGGAGCAGGGUUUUGUACCUUGGCACCUUUGAUAGUUAAAUGCCAACAGACCCUCUUUUCCAGGGAAUUGACUUGCUUCAUAUUAUGGUUUGGUGCCUUUUUGGUUCCGGCAAAAUAAUAUUGCGUACGUGUCCCUUGUUGAUGUUUAAUCAUCUGCUGCUGUCUUUCUUCGUGUUCCUUCCUAUUAGCCAGGCAGUUAGAGCGGAGCAGGCCAAGGCAGUAACACGCUUCCUAGAGGAUCACUUGCAGAGCCUGUUUUUGAAGUAUUGAGGAAGUUCUGAUGUAGUGAAUUAGGUUCAGUUGUGGCAUUAAUGAUGUUCAAGAACGCUUUGCAGUUUUGUAUGUAGCCCAUCUGUCUGCCCCCCCUCCCCCACCUCACCUUUGUUACAAAUUGUCUACUAUUUUCAUAACGCCUCACAGCAUGAUGCCUUUCAAACGGACAUAAGUAGCACAGGGAUAGGAAAAAAUGUGACAGUACUAUUCUUACCUUUGUACAGAUGAGAGGUGUGCAGUGCUCUUUGAAUCUGGGUACGAUUGUUACAACAGCUGGGGUGUGAACUUGACCUUGUUUUGUUAGUUUUGUUACAAUGGUGCAGUAUUUGUGUAUUUUAACCAUGGACUAAAACCAACUUUCUUUUCAGCAAAAAAAAAAAAGAAAAAAGUAGGGGGAAAAAAUCUAGUCCAGUGCUAA